CGCGUCGCGGGCGGGACACUGCUGCGAUCUGUCCUCUCCGAUCAGUGACCGAACACGAACUCGACAAACUAAAUAAUAACUAAUUUAAUCUUCAUCCUAAAAUGGAAUUUCUAAAACUCAACUGUGAUUGUGAGCGAACAAAAAAUCAAAGAUUUUAAACUUCAAAAAGUUUGAUACGUAAUAAAAUAUGGGGUAAAUGUGUGUCGAGCUAUGGCUGAAGACACGACGACUGCAGAGGUGUCCACGUUGGCACCAGCUCCUCAUAGGACUCCCACUCCUGAGCUCCACGCGGCGUAUACGACCCUGGAGAUUUUAGUGGCGUUAGUGGCAGUGGUAGGGAAUGCUAUGGUGAUCUAUGUGUUCAGACGCGACCGGCGGUUGCGACGUCGCACGAACUACUAUAUAGUGUCUUUGGCGACUGCCGACUUCCUCGUCGGUCUACUGGGGAUACCGUUCGCUAUCCUGGCCUCAGUGGGCCUGCCGAGGAACCUGUACGCGUGUUUGUUCACCGUCUCGUUGCUGGUGAUGCUGUGUACCAUCAGCAUUUUCUGCCUGGUCGCAGUUUCGGUGGACCGCUACUGGGCCAUUCUUCACCCAAUGUGCUACUCAAGGAAUGUCCGCACUAAAACGGCAAUUGUUAUAAUAUCAGUAUGCUGGGUGGCUGGUGCGGGUGUGGGCCUGCUUCCACUCUUCGGGUGGCAUGCUGCGGAGUCGGCUCCUGGCUGCUACUUCGUGGAUGUAAUGGACUACAACUAUCUGGUGUUCCUCUACUUCGCCACUAUAGUAACGCCGAGCGUCCUUCUUGCUGCCUUCUACGCUCAUAUCUACAGAGUAGUGGUGAAGCAGCUUAGCGCAGUGGUGACCGUAGAAGGAAGCAGGGGCAGACUCGCCGGAGGGACCAUGCUUCGAGUGCUCGGGGCAGCACAGAAGCGAGAAGUCAAAGCCACCCAGAACCUCGCCAUCAUAGUAUUCUUCUUCAUCGUCUGCUGGAUUCCACUCUACACCAUCAACGCUGUGAAAGCUUUUAUGCCGGAUUUAGACAUACCAAAUCUGCUGACAUAUUUUUGCAUAAUAUUCUCUCAUCUUAAUUCUGCUAUCAAUCCUUUAUUAUACGCAUACCAUUUAAAAGACUUCCGAGCAGCUUUGAGAGGACUCAUCUGCUCUAUCCUUGGAAGAGGAGUCGUGCCAAUUCCUGCAGCUUACAGACCCCCUGUUCCUGUCAGGAGACCGGCUUUGGAACGGUGUAAUGCUCUGAGAGAACGACCGAGGGUCUACGUGCAUUCACCGGUAUGGCUUCGGCAAAGGGAAGCAGAAAUGCGCUCCGAAGCAGCGACUGAUGGCAGAAACAAUGUGGCUGCAUCGAAUGCGUUGGACGCGGAGCCGUUUCUUAAUCGGAACGCGACGGACAGUUCGAGUGGACGUCACACGCCUGAAGGUCGAGAGUCGGACGGGCCGUAUCUCAUACGAUCGAAUGAGGAAAGAUGUCAGAGUCCAUACAAACGAGUCGAGGACUUCCUAAGGCGAGUGCGCAGUGCCAACGGCGACAGCUGACACGAGCCUUGCCGGGGAUGCCCGGCGUACGAGUAUAAUAGCGUAACUUGAAGCUUUAAAACAUGUCAAAGACAUUCCUUUAUCAACGUACCUCACUUCAGAUGGGGUGUCGUUUGAUUAGUAUAAUGGUCCAUUCUCACUUUAUCGGCGAUCUGGCUGGUUGAAAAUCGGAAGGUCUUCAUAAUGCCGAAUAUUCGUGCUGACGCAAAAACUAAUUUAUUUUCAUGAUUCACUGUGACUUGCACGUAAUAUGAAGUUGUAGGGUGAUAGGUACAUAUACCCCUAUUGUUAUGGGAUCCGGCGAUUUUCUACUGAUACCGAUUCUUAGUGUGAAGGGCUAGAGAGUCAGUAUGGAUUUAUUCUUGUAUAGAUGUUGCUCGUAAAUUUUCUACGAGUCAUAGUUUUGUUAAAUGAAUAUCUUGUAAUGACCGUGCUGUAUUUAUAUUGUUGCUUAAGUAUUUAAAAGUUUGUCAAUUGUUGUUGUAAAAGUAAUUAAAUAUUUGAUUUUCAGA